AUGCCUCCUAAACCGAACGAAGCACGGAAAAAGCUUGCCUUCUACAAUAUUGACUUCUCUUUGGAACAUCAGCGCACCCUUGCUGGUCAAAGUCCUUCCUCGUCAAUUUCCUCAUUGCAAAGUACUACCAAGGAAAAGGAUCCGGUAGCUCGACGCAAAGACUUCAUUAGAAGGAGGAAACAGCAGACGGAUCAGGAAGACGCCAGCAAAGUUAUUCAGGGUAUGUCAAAAAUAGCUGGUGCUAGCGCGGCGUUGAAGGCUGAACGCGAAGAAGAAGAGCAGAAGUUAGCUGCACGAUCUGCGGUCAAUUGGAAGGCAAAUUUGGAUAAGCAAAGGAAACAACUUGACUACAGUGAUAUUUUCGACGAGGACGUGGGUCGCGAUGAGGGGUUAUGGGUAUGGGAGAUCGAGAACUUUUAUCCCUCCCUUAUCGAUGAGGCAUUCCAUGGGCAGUUUUACGAUGCAGACGCUUACCUGGUGCUAAAAACAACAAAGGAAAUUUCGGGAAGUAUACGGCACGAGAUUUACUACUGGUUAGGUGAUAAGGCUACACUUGACAAAGGAAUGUGUGCAGCCGUGCAUGCUGUAGGCCUUCGCAAUCAUCUUAAUGCCACAUGUCGAACCAUCCGAGAAGAGAUGAAUGACGAGUCCGAGGAAUUCCUGGAUCUUUUUGGUGGAGAAGAAAUAGUGUAUAUAGAGGGUGCUCGUACUAGCACUGGAUUCUUCACGGUCGAAAAGCCGCCACAUGUCACAAGGUUAUAUCGGGCUUCCGUCAACGGCACAGCUGUAGAGAUGGAACCAGUUCCUGUUGCGAUGGAAUCCCUUGACCCUCGUUACUGCUUCUUGCUCGAUGCCGGUGACACGCUUUGGAUUUGGAGUGGAUGGAAGGCUCGGAUAACGGUAGCAAACAAAGCCCGACUUUUUGCGGAAAGACUCAACAAGAGAGACAGAAAAGGUGCCGCUAUUAUCGAGACCUGCCGCGAUCCGAAAGUACCUGAAGAAUUUUGGAUGGCAUUCUGUGGGUCGCCCAAUCGCCCUGAGGAAGCUAUAGUUGAACAUGUGCCUGAAAACUUCGUACCUGAGAGAAAACGUCUGUAUCAGGUUAAUAUCGGUAUGGGAUUCCUUGAAUUGCCUCAAGUAGACCUCCCAAAGGGCGUUGCCAAACAGGAGCUGCUGAACACGAAGUGUGUUUACAUCUUAGAUUGCACCUCCGAUAUUUUCCUUUGGAUGGGAAAGAAGGCAAAUAGGUUACUGAAGAUGGCUGGGCAAAAAAUGGUCACGGAGCUCCAUGAAAUGAUUGAAAGACCCGAUUAUGUACAAGUGUCGAGGGAAACUGAGGACGAGGAAUCCAUGAUGUUCCGAUCGAAGUUUGCUGGUUGGGAUGACAUUGUACCUGUGGAUUUCACUCGUACGUCGGAGUCCGUAAGCCGCGUUCCAGAUCUUAAGGUCCUCGUCAAGCGCGAUAACAUGAUGCGUACUGACCUAACUGCUUUGUUCCUUGACCGUCAACCGGCCAUGCCCCCAGAGGAAAGUGAGGAGUUGCUUAACGACUGCAACGAGGAUCUUGAAUUCAUCGAAUCCUUUGUAUUGGAAGGAAAGAAAUUCGUCCGGCUACCGGAUGGAGAAUUUGGCUCGUUUUACACGAUGGACUGCUAUGUAUUCCUUUGUCGUUAUGCUGUGAUACCUGAUGAGUCAGAGGACGAAAGUGAUGCAGGAGACGUUGAGAGUCAACAGGAUUUCAAAUGUGUGUUGUACUUCUGGCAAGGCCGCGACGCGUCAAAUAUGGGCUGGUUGCACUUUACGUUUCAACUUCAACCCACAUUUGAGAAGAUUUUCAAGGACAAGUUAGAGGUUGUACGAAUGCACCAACAACAAGAGAAUCACAAAUUCCUAUCCCAUUUUCACCGGAAAUUUGUUAUUCGUCGUGGACGGCGUGGUUUAACCCGAAAUCUUGGUGGAAAAUGGCCUGAGCUGUUCCAAAUGAGAGCAAACGGUUCAAGUGUUUGCACAAGAACGAUACAGAUCGACUGCCGCGCCACAGAGCUGUGUUCUGGUUUUUGCCACAUCUUGCGUGCACCAUUCAAAGUUCAACGUGAAGAUGGUGAAAAAGGAAUAGUUUAUGUAUGGAUUGGUACGCAAAGCGAUCCGCACGAGCACGAAUACGCGAGACGGGUGGCGGAGGAGAUGAUCAAUCGACAUGAUGAGUGCUUCCCAGUGGAAGUGAUCAAGGAAGGCGAGGAACCCGAUGACUUCUGGGAGUACAUGGGAGGAAAGAAAAAUUAUGAAAAGGACUCGUCGUUCUUCCGUUACACACGAUUAUUCCGCUGCACUAACGAGAAAGGUUACUUCGCAGUCUCCGAGAAAACCGUCGAUUUUCUGCCAGGAUGA